CGCAGGCCCUGCCCCUUUAGGUAACACGUCGUUCGUCUGCUAGCAGAUAACCGAGUGUCCUGUCUUUGUUUACCCCUCUGCUCUCCCUUUCUUCAGGUAAAUAAGUGAUACAUUUAAAAAAAAACACACAAAAAAACUUCCUCACACUGCUGCAUUCUCUCAUUCGCAAGAAAGGAAGAAUUUUAGGAAGACGGCCUAAACAUAUUUACGAAAAGGAUUUUAAAAAAAACAACAACAAGCGUAUCGAUUGCCAAUGAUUUCGCGUAAUCUAAAUUAUCGGAAUCGAUAUUUAAUUUAGUGCUAUGCAAUGCUAAAAAUCGAUACACGAGGUUCGAUAAAGGCGAUUUUUGAGAAUCGAAUAUGUUUUUUUUUUUUUUAGUGAUUAGAAUGUUUUCAAACUAGGCCUGGAGUGGAACUGAUGUGUCCGACACGUUAUGGUGUCAGAAACUGAGACAGAUGUGCUGUUUGAGUGUGUCUCGUCUGUGGACCAAUAAGGCAAAGUUUUAAUGCAAGAGUAUUACAGCUGGCGUAUUAACAAGAAAACAGUGUUGUUAGAAAUGUGCAGAUAGUAAACAGUAGAUGUACUGACGAUGCAGUGCUUCUUGGACUAUUAAAACCUGUGAACUUUUCAUAUGAGAAGAAGGUCCUUCUAGGAGACAUUCUGACUGACGUCUUACAACACUAUGACAUUCAACCCCUAUCUUUACAGUCCAGGGGCGCCGGAUAUGUUCGCCAUGAACCCCGUCGCUGGACAGCAGCACUACCUGUCAGGGCUACCUCCUUUACUCCGGGAACACUACGGCAAGGAAUUCGCCAGCAGCCCUUCGGCACUGGCUACCCACGCAGCACUGCAGAAGCUUCAGCAUGCUCUCCCUUGCAGGUCGAGCAGCCUGGGCGUGUCCUACGAGCUGUUGGCGCAUCACCAAGCCGGCGUUCAGCCCCAGACGAGGGGAUUUGACACGCCGGAGGACGGGGUGAAAGACGACCCCAAGGUGGAGCUAGAAGCAAGGGACUUGUGGGAGAAGUUCCACGAGCUGGAAUCGGAGAUGGUCAUCACAAAGUCUGGAAGACGAAUGUUCCCACCUUUCAAGACCAAAGUCAGCGGACUGGACAAAAAGGCAAAGUACAUCCUGUUACUGGACAUUGUCAGUGUGGAUGACAACAGAUACAAGUUCCACAACGGAAAGUGGAUCAUCGCUGGCAAGGCGGACCCUGAGAUGCCCAAAAGGAUGUACAUCCACCCGGACUCUCCGUCCACUGGUGAACAAUGGAUGCAGAAGGUCAUCAGCUUUCACAAACUUAAGCUGACAAAUAAUAUCUCGGACAAACACGGAUUUACGAUCCUGAAUUCCAUGCACAAGUACCAGCCCAGACUUCACCUGGUCAGAGCAGACGACAUUCUUAAAAUCACUUACAGCCCCUUUCGAAGUUUCCUUUUCAAAGAGACUACAUUCAUCGCGGUGACAGCCUACCAGAAUGAGAAGAUCACACAACUGAAGAUUGACCACAAUCCGUUCGCUAAAGGUUUCAGAGACAGCGGUGGAGGGAAACGAGACAAAAAACGUACGACGGUUGGCUCAGCUUGCUCACGUGACUACAACGAAGGGAAUUCCAGGGAAGCUCGAACCAUUGCAGACGACAAACAACGUGCCACAGACAGGUCUCAAAAAAGAGAAGUGUCACGUGACAGGGCGGAGAGAAAAUCUUACAAUCAAUCUCAUUCAAAAUCACCGCAAGUGAAAUCAAUCACAGCGGAAGUGACAUGUUCCUCGGAACUUAUCAAAAAAGAUUUUCUUGGAAAAAAAUCGUUGUCUGAAAGUGACCAAUGGCCAUACAAAGUCCCGGCAGCAUAUUCCGAAAAUUCAGAAUUUUGGGAUUCGUCUACACGGGCAAGCAGAAAGCGACGCCAUAGUGAACAAUCUGAUGUGGGCCAUGAAAGUGACAACGAAGGGGUUCACGCCUCAUCUUCGCUUCGACCUGCGUCUCCCGACUCUUCAACAAGUAGAAGGCUACUUGUGACGCAAACAAAGUCAUCUUCUCUGGCCUCUUGUGUGACAUCCACAUCUGCUUCCAAAGCCUCACCACGAAAAGCGUCAUCACCGACCUCAAAGUCUGCCAUUUCCUUCCCCGUCAGUGCCAUGUUAAACUCUCCUACAGAUGUGUCCUCCAUGUCCAGCAUGGCAGCGCCGUUAUCUAAUUCUCUUCCAUUGUCUAGCCACAGGACCACCCAUGCUCUGUCCAGUCAUCAAUUCCAAGACUUGAAGUCUUCGCCAAGCCAGCUGGAGCUCGCGCAGCAUCUCUUGAAAAAUGCCAACUCCUGGAACCCAUUGGACACAUUUCAAGAGACCCAGGCCUUGCUGGCUGCUCAUCUUUCACUGCUAAGUGUCCAGUUUCUGAAGCACAGCAUGGGUGUCCACUUCGCCAACCCGUACGAGAGUUUUCCUCCGAUGUCGCAGUUCGCAUCUCUGCUGCAACACAACCAGCUAAGUCAGUACCUUGGCAAUAAUCAUUACCGCCAAAAGCACCAAUACCAUGAGUGUAACAGCCCCAACACUAACAACGGAAGCCGGCACGCGUCACCGUGUCCUUCUGAAAAAUUGUCGGAAGUGUCUGCCGAAGACCUUCCGAACCCGCCAAACUUUGAGCCUGUUCAGGUUCAAUCACUAGACGUAAGUAGUCAGUCUGGGUCAAGGUCAUCGUCAAGGUCAUCCACGGCUACUCCUUGAAUGCUAAUAUAUAUGCUAGACAUUUUUUUUUAUUAAUACGUAAAGUUAUCGGAAAACAUUGGAAAAGAUUAUUUGUCUUACUCUUUUCUUCUCUACUGCAAACUUUGUCUGCUAAUGUAAACACACUUCCGGUUUAUUUUGUAAUGACACGAAGAGCCUGAUCGUAUCUAGUCGACCUCCAUAAGUUGUUCGCUUGGUGUCCGUAGUUUGUCACCCCGACCCAACGGAGCAGUGUUUGACAUGCGUGCAGGUUACGGCCGUGUUGUCAUGGAAACACAUCAUAGAAUCGUAGCACCACAUUUUAAUACAUGAACACAUACGCACCUGUUAGUCCUGAAAGACAUGGCCCGCCUUGUGGUGUACUACAAGCUUCGAACUGUCUUCACUAUGGUCGUGGGUUCGAAUCCUGUUGGAUGUCAUCGCUUGCAGUCUUGCAGGAGGUUAGGGCCUGGAUGUAAACAUUGUUUGUGAUUGAACGUUCGAAACUUGUCGAACAUUCAAAAAUUUGUCACGACUUUAAAAGUUUGUUGAAAGUGUUCAAAUGUUUAAAACAAUAAGCUGUCAUUGAGAAAAUUUGUAAUUUUAAAGACGAUAUCUCAUGAAGAUUAAUGCCAGGAGAUAGUCGUACAGAUGGUAGAAACAAUUUGUAAACAUGUACGUCAUAAACAUUUUAUAGACAUUGGCUCUGUCAAACUUUUUGAAAAACUGAUCGAAGCCAAUACACAGUGGCGUAGCUAGAGUGUGGGAGGGGGUUGAAGAAUUCGAAAAUGCCCCCGGGCCUCCACUUGAGAGGGCCUCCUAACGAGUGUUUUUUUUUUUACAUUAAAUAUUACGCAAAAUGCAGGGGCCCCUAUAGAGAUCACCCCCCCCCCGGUCUCCAAAUAAUGUCGAAUUCCUCCUAGCUACGCCACUGCCCAUACAAUAACUGUACUCUUUAUGAUGUUCUUGGUUUAAGACUGUCUGUUCAAUUGUUCAUUCUCUUUUCGUUUGAUUAUCAGCACUACUGUGAGAGUAUGAGAGACGAUUAACAUUUCCAUCAUGUGCCCUUGUAGAUCGUAAGUUCUGAAAGAGUUGCGUUACUUACUUGUUCUAAAGUCUAUUUUUAGUUUGGCACACGUGAUCACUAGAAAACAUUUUUUUUUUCAUCUCGCAAUGUGGAUAUAUAUUUGAAUGUGGCAUUGCAAUGACAUAACAUUUGGAAUGUAUUAGAUCAUAAAAUAUUUUCAACAUAAUUAAUUUCACUAUUUUUGCUAUUGCCCAGGGCAGAUGAAAUGUACUACUUUUUACUCUACAUAAAAACAGUGUUUGUUGUGUCUCUGUUUCGUGUUUCAAAUAACUAUGUUUUUGCUCAUUUAAAUAAAAAGUUGACCAAU